AUGUCCAACGGCAGCUCCAUCACCCACUUCCUCCUCCUGCCAUUCGCAGACACACGGGAGCUGCAGCUCUGGCACUUCUGGCUCUUCCUGGGCAUCUCCCUGGCUGCGCUCCUGGGCAACGGCCUCAUCAUCACCAGCACAGCCUGCGACCAGCACCUCCACACCCCCAUGUACUUCUUCCUGCUCAACCUCUCCCUCCUGGACCUGGGCUGCAUCUCCACCACUGUCCCCAAAUCCAUGGCCAAUUCCCUCUGGAACACCAGGGCCAUCUCCUACACAGGUUGUGCUGCGCAGGUCUUUUUCAUUCUCUUCUUAUUUUCAGCAGAGUUUUAUCUCCUCACCGUCAUGUCCUACGACCGCUACGUGGCCAUCUGCAAGCCCCUGCACUACGGGACCCUCCUGGGCAGCAGAGCUUGUGCCCACAUGGCAGCAGCUGCCUGGGGCACUGGGUUUCUCACUGCUCUGCUGCACACAGCCAAUACAUUUUCACUACCCCUCUGCCGAGGCAAUGCUGUGGAGCAGUUCUUCUGUGAAAUCCCCCAGAUCCUCAAGCUCUCCUGCUCAGAGUCAUAUUUCAGGGAAGUUGGGCUUCUUGUGGUUAGCCUCUGCUUAUCAUUUGGCUGUUUUGUUUUCAUUGUGGGGUCCUACUUGCAGAUCUUCAGGGCCGUGCUGAGGAUCCCCUCUGAGCAGGGACGCCACAAAGCCUUUUCCACGUGCCUCCCUCACCUGGCCGUGGUCUCCCUGCUUCUCAGCACUGCAGCAUUUGCCUACCUGAAGCCCUUGUCCAUCUCCUCCCCAUCCCAGGACCUGGUGGUGUCAGUGCUGUACUCGGUGGUGCCUCCAGCAGUGAACCCCCUCAUCUACAGCCUGAGGAACCAGGAGCUCCAGGAUGCUCUGAGGAGGAGGAUGACUGGAUGUGUUUCAGCAGCCAUAGACUGCCUGCUUUCCUCUGCAAAGGGCUGCCAGUGUAGGUCAUGACAGGCCACAUCUGUCUUUCCUGCUUUACAUUUGUUUUCUUUUGUCCACUUGUGAUGUUGUUGUCUUUAUGGAAAUGUCAAUUUUCAUCCCCUUCUACGACAGUAUCUGCCUCUCUUGCGUGACCCACAGACUUGGUGUCAAUUGGAGUCUGAGAAUGUAUUUAAGCAAAAUAAAUGAUCCUGCAGCAAAUUCUUCUCUGUGAUAUGUCCUCACAUGGCAGGAAUGAAGGGGAAUGAAAUCAGCUUUCUGGCUGCUCCAGCUCUGGGAUGGCUGCUCUGUGCCUGGAGCAGGAAGAGCUCUUGAGGAG